CCAGGGAGCAGAGGCAGGCUCCGUCUCUUCGGUUGCCCCGUGACCGGCGACCAGCCAGGGUCGAUCACGGGAGAAGGAGCGAACUGCGCGCAAGGUCUGCAGGUCACCAGCUCCGCGCAGCGCAAGGACUCGGCCAUGGUUGUCCUACAUUAUUAUCAGCGGCCCAGCGAGGCGGACAGUGGACUCAGCACCCUUUUGACGUCAGCUCAAGCUUCCUUGGGCAAUGGAGUCCGGGCAGUACAGAAAGAACUGUGCUUCAACGUCAACUGGACAGGGGAGACACCCCCGAACGCCCAGGAGACUGAGAUGCUGCACUGGAUCUUCGGCUGUCCCUUCGAACGUGGAGACAUUGCAACCAAGUCGUUCCUCAACGCUUCUCCUUCUGAUCUCCUCGUAGAGAUUGGUCCUCGGUUGAACUUCUCCACAGCCUCUUCCACUAAUGCAGUUUCUAUUUGCUGGGCUGCUGGACUAGAGAAGAUCGACCGGAUCGAGUGUUCCCGUCGCUACCUCUUCAAGUGUGACGCACGCCCAUCAUCUUCGCAAGAAGCUGCCCUCGUGUCUUCACUGCAUGACCGGAUGACGGAAGAGCGCUAUCCGAAACCUAUCAGCAGCUUUGCCAUCGCAACACGCCCCGAGCCGGUGUUCCACGUCGAUAUUUUGGGAGAAGGAAGAGCAGCCCUGGCCAAGGCUAACAACCAGCUCGGUCUGGCCUUUGAUUCCUGGGAUUUGGAUUACUACACUGGCCUCUUCCAAAAACUCGGCAGGAACCCCACCAGCGUGGAAUGCUUUGACUUAGCUCAGUCCAACAGUGAGCACAGCCGGCACUGGUUCUUCAAGGGGUGCCUCAUAGUGGACGGGAAGGAGGUCAAGGAAUCCCUCUUUGAAUCCAUCAUGAAGACCCAAGAACGCAGCAACCCCAACAACGUCAUCAAGUUCUCUGACAACAGCAGCGCCAUCCAGGGCAGGGAGGUCCUUUCGCUGUGGCCCAGCGAUCCGUCCCGCAGCAGCCCCUUUGAGAAGCGGACCUCCACCCGGCAUGUUAUUUUCACAGCGGAGACCCACAACUUCCCCACUGGGGUUGCCCCCUUCAGUGGUGCCACCACGGGGACGGGCGGGCGGAUCCGGGACGUCCAGUGCGCAGGCCGUGGGGCCCACGUGAUCGCUGGCACGGCUGGGUACAGCUUUGGGAACCUGCACAUCCCAGGAUACUCCUUACCCUGGGAGGACGCAUCCUUGCCGUAUCCCGGAAACUUUGCCCGGCCUGUGGAAGUGGCCAUUGGUGCGAGUGAUGGUGCUUCCGACUACGGCAACAAAUUUGGAGAGCCCGUCUUGGCUGGUUUUGCACGGUCUUUUGGGAUGCGCCUGGGAGACGGUGAGCGACACGAGUGGAUCAAACCCAUCAUGUUCAGUGGUGGGAUCGGGGCCAUAGAAGAUAUUCAUGUGCGUAAAGAGGUCCCACAGACUGGUAUGGAGGUAGUGAAGGUCGGGGGUCCUGUUUAUCGAAUUGGUGUUGGAGGUGGAGCUGCUUCUUCCAUCCAAGUACAAGGAGACAAUGCCAGCGAGCUGGAUUUCGGGGCAGUGCAGCGUGGCGACGCCGAGAUGGAGCAGAAGAUGAACCGGGUGCUGCGAGGCUGUGUGGAGAGUGGCGAGGACAACCCCAUCUGCAGCUUGCACGAUCAGGGGGCCGGAGGCAACGGGAAUGUGUUGAAGGAGCUGAGCGAGCCAGCUGGGGCCGUGAUCUACACAAGCCGCUUCCAGCUGGGAGAUCCCACACUGAGUGUGCUCGAGAUCUGGGGGGCUGAAUACCAGGAAUCGAACGCCCUCUUGCUGCGCCCCCGCCACGCUGAUUUCCUGCGGCGCCUGGCCCGGCGCGAGAGGUGCCCCGUUGACUUUGUGGGAAGGAUCAUAGGAGAUGGACGGAUUGUGCUAGUGGACGACACAAAGGUUCCUGCGACUGCCACAGAACUGGAGAAAGGGCAGACUGGAGGAAGAGCUACGCCGGUGAACCUGAAGCUGGAAUGGGUUCUUGGCAAGAUGCCACGCAAGGAAUUUGCAUUGAAACGGGCCCAUCGCGUCCUCCGACCCCUGAACCUCCCCCGGGACCUCAGUGUGGUGGACGCCCUUCAGCGCGUCUUGAGACUCCCAGCGGUGGCGAGCAAACGCUACCUGACCAAUAAGGUGGACCGUUCUGUGACGGGGCUGGUGGCGCAGCAGCAGUGCGUGGGCCCCCUCCACACGCCCCUGGCAGAUGUCGCGGUGGUCGCCCUCUCCCACUUUGAGACGGUGGGAGGAGCCACAGCCCUCGGGGAGCAGCCUAUCAAAGGGCUGAUUGACCCUGCAGCCGGCGCCCGAUUGGCCGUGGGUGAAGCCCUCACCAAUCUGGUUUUCGCUCGGGUCACUGAUCUUAAGGACGUGAAGUGCAGCGGAAACUGGAUGUGGGCAGCGAAGCUGCCAGGGGAGGGGGCAGCCCUGGCUGACGCCUGUGAGGCCAUGUGCUCCGUGAUGGGCGAGCUGGGUGUGGCCGUGGACGGAGGCAAGGACUCGCUCAGCAUGGCGGCCCGGGUCGGCACGGAAACCGUCAAAGCACCUGGGACGCUGGUCAUCUCGACAUACGCAGUCUGCCCGGAUAUCACUGCCACCGUCACCCCUGACCUCAAGUGUCCGGAUGGGAAAGGCGCCCUCCUGCACGUGGCAGUCAGCCCUGACCGGCAUCGUCUUGGGGGCAGCGCCCUGGCCCAGUGCUUCUCUCAGCUGGGGGAUGCUGCACCAGACCUGGAUAGUCCAAGGACCCUUGUGUCCUGCUUCCAGGUCACCCAGGAUCUGAUACGAGAUGCAGUGAUCUCCUCUGGGCAUGACGUGAGCGACGGGGGCCUCCUGACUUGCAUGCUGGAGAUGGCCUUUGCUGGGAACUGUGGUGCCAACAUCGAGCUGGGUGCUCCUGGAGUCAGUGCCCUCGAGGUGCUUUUUGCCGAGGAGCUUGGACUGGUGCUGGAAGUCCCCCGUGCAAUGGCGGCAGACGUCUGCCGGCGGUACCGAGAAGCCGGGGUGCGGUGCGUGCCUGUCGGUUAUUCAGGACCACGGGGUCCCAAUGCCAUGGUCCGGGUCUCCGUGAAUGGCCAGGAAGUCCUGGCAGAGAAGGUGGCCACCUUGCGCGGUUGGUGGGAAGCCACUAGCUUCCAGCUGGAGAGGCUGCAGGCCAACCCGGAGUGUGUGGCCCAAGAAGAGACGGGGCUGGCCAAGCGUACGGAGCCCAGCUUCACCGUGAGCUUUAACCCCCAGGAGGAGCUUCCUCUACUGCAGGAAAUCGCCCUGCCUGCCCCUCGGGUCGCCAUCCUUCGUGAGGAGGGGAGCAAUGGGGAUCGCGAGAUGGUGGCGGCCUUCCUCAUGGCCGGAUUCCAGGUCUGGGAUCUUACUAUGCAAGACUUGUGCUCAGGAGAAAUGACACUGGACUCCUUCCGAGGCCUCGUGUUUGUUGGGGGCUUCAGCUAUGCGGAUGUCUUAGGUUCUGCCAAAGGCUGGGCAGCUUCAGUCACCUUUAACCUCCGUGCGCAGGCUCAGUUCCAGGCGUUCCACCGACGCAAAGACACCUUCAGCCUGGGCGUGUGCAACGGCUGUCAGCUCAUGGCAUUGCUAGGCUGGGUGUGUAACGAAAGCUCCGGCACUGCGGACGGAGGGGGUCCCAUUCAGCCAGAGGUUCUGCUCAGUCCAAACAAUUCUGGGCGCUUCGAGUCCCGUUUCGUGAGCCUGGGGAUCGAGGAGAGUCCAGCACUGAUGCUGCGGGGGAUGGCCGGAUCCGUCCUGGGUAUCUGGGUGGCACAUGGAGAAGGCCGGAUGCGUUUCCGCUCAGCCGAAGCCCUGAGCCGGGUGCGCUCUUCCCGCCUCAUCCCCCUGCGCUACGUGGAUGACAAGGGUCUGCCGACAGAGGAGUACCCCCUGAAUCCCAACGGGUCCCCGCUUGGCAUCGCCGGCAUCUGCUCUUCUGACGGGCGCCACUUGGCAAUGAUGCCCCACCCGGAGCGGUGCGUCCUUCCUUGGCAGUGGCCCUGGAUGCCACACGCCUGGCGCCGGUCCAUGAAGGUCUCCCCGUGGCUCCGGAUGUUUCAGAAUGCCUGCGAGUGGUGCCUGCGUUAUCCCGAAGGCCAGCCAUGACCCCACAGUCCCUGUGACCUCCUUUACCCACUCACAGCCUGUUCUGCGCCACUAAUCACAAGCAGGACUGUACCAGAUAAAACGUCCUGCGCCCUAGACCUGGACACAGGCUAGCAGUGCCACUGUUCUCCUGCACAGCCUGGGUUCCCCCACAAAGUACCCUCACUACUUUUCACCAAAUGUCAGCGGGAUCAAGAGAAAAUGGAAGUGCAGUCCCUUCACUGAACACAAGAGGUCAACAUUGUGCAACAAGGAGUCAGCUUAUGUUGACUUCAUUGCAGGAAUACUUGGGACCAAUGCCAAUUUCAAAGUGCCACUAAUAAAUACAACUUUACUUUUAGAAAUAUGUA